AUGCUGGACCGUUUUCUUCACGAACUGUGGCUGAUACAGUUGCCGGCUCAAGGUCAGCGGCAAGCGCUGGAGCGGCAUGAAGGCGAUAGAGAGGAAGAGGAAACUGGUGCGGAGAAAGCGGAGGAAGCGGAGAUGAUAAGGAUACAGCGAGGGAGAAAAGGGAUAUCUCUUUCUUUACGGUGGGAGAGGGAGGGCAUGCUACCUGUACGCUUACUGAAGCUCUUCAAUGGCGGUCUAAGUACCGCAUUACAGGACCGCAGACGGAUUCAGUAUAUGUUUUCGAGCGCACCACUUGAUAGAAUGCCAUCCUUUAGCGAACCAUUCCGCACAGCAGUCCAGAACAGCCAUUUGUCGAACGACCCGGAACAGGACAUCAGCACAAACAUCUUGGACGCUUACGAUGACGGUUCCCGAUUGCGUGGAAUGUUUGGCAUGCAACAGGUCAUGAUCGAGUGA